AUGAGCUCUUGUCGCGCAUGGCGCUACGUGACGUUUGACGCGACUGGGACGUUGCUACGUCUUGUUGAACCUCCAGGAGAGACGUAUCUGAAUUUCUGGAAAGAGGUGUCAGGCCUGUCAUUCACAUCGUCUCGCCACGCCGCUGCAGCCGCUGCCAUCACGUCGCAAUUCCCGAUCGAGUUCAGUCUACUUUCUCGUUCCAAUCCAAACUUCGGGUCAGACAGCAAAGCUACCAGCGCGUUCUUGUGGUGGCGACAACUUGUACUGAAUGUAAUGAAACGCGCGAAAGUGGCAGAUUGUCUUGCAUACAACGAGGAGCAGGCCGAGCGCUUCGCGCGUGAUUUGUACGCGCAUUUCGCGCGUCCUGAAGCGUGGAAGGUGUUCGACGACGUGCAUCCGACACUAGAGAGGCUCAGAGCCUUGCAUGUUCCAAUGGGUAUCAUCUCAAAUUUCGAUGAGAGGUUGGAGUCUCUUUUGGUAGGACUGCAACUCCGAGACUAUUUCCAAGUGGUCACGACGUCGUUCGAGCAACCCGAGAUGAAACCACACGCGUCGAUUUUUCAAUCAACGUUCGAGCAGUUGCAGAGAAAGGAGGAGCCAUUAUUUACAAGUAGAUUUUUGCAUGUAGGGGACCAUCCGUUGAAGGAUUUCAAGGCGGCGAAGGAUAUCGGAGCUCAAGCCAAAUUAUUGUGGAGGACGAAACAACGACCGCCACCCAUUGACAUCAAUGCAAGCGAAGUCAUUUCGACGCUGCAUGAGGUUGCAAUGUAA